AGCAAAGCCCAGGGGAGCUGAACAAUGUCCUCACUGCCGGGAAUAGCUGCCGGCUCUGCCUGCCGGCCCCACGUGAGGCUGGUCCUGCUGCCAGGCUGCCCUUGUGUGGCAAGGGAGGCUGGGCAAGCACCAGGACCCUGGCAGGGCUGCUCGGAACGUUCCACACCUGAGGUCAUCCUCCAAACCUGCACAGCAGAGCGGCUGUGGCUCCUGGCACAUGUGCUGUCUGCUGGCUGGGAUGUUUGAGGGGGCCCCUUUGCCUCCCUCUGGGGUGGGCAGCAACUCCCUGCCCAGAUGCCAGGGAGCCUCAAGUGAUGCAGGUGGACAUGGAGCUGGAAGUGCAACGGGCCAAGGAGCUCAUCGAGCAGAAGCUGGCAGAGGAGGAGGAAGAGGAGAAGGAGAAGCAGCACAAAUGCGAUGGCGCGCGGGAGCUACCAGCUGUGGAGCGGAUGAACACCCCUGAGCUGGAGGAGGAGAAACGCCAUGGCCCCAGGAACCGGGGCCUCGAGGCCAUAAAGGGCCAGGAGCGGGUGCGGAAGAGCUCAGUGGACCUGCGGCGGGAGAUCAUUGAUGUGGGCAGCAUCCAGCGCCUCAUCGAGCUCCGCAAGCAGCGCCGGCAGCGCCGGGAGGAGCGGGCGGCCACACCCGAGCCCCCCCCGCCGCCGGAGUCCUUAGAGAUCGAGGGUCCCGUGGAGCCAGAGACCUUCCUGCGAGCCGCAGUCCAGGGCAAGAUGCACAUCAUCGAGAAGUUCCUGGCAGACGGUGGCUCCCCCAACACGUGUGAUGAGUUCCACCGCACGGCCCUGCACCGCUCCUCGCUGGAGGGACACACGGACAUCCUGCAGAAGCUGCUGGACAGCGGGGCCACUGUUGACUUCAGGGACCGGCUGGACUGCACCGCUGUGCACUGGGCCUGCCGGGGUGGGCACCUGGACGCUGUGAAGCUGCUGCAGGACCGCGGGGCAGACCUCAACUUGAAGGACAAGCUGCUCAGCACCCCCCUCCACGUGGCCACCCGGACCGGGCACCCUGACAUCGUGGAGCACCUCAUCCACUGUGGGGUAGACAUCAAUUCCCCAGACAGGGAAGGCGACACGGCGCUGCACGACGCCACACGGCUCAGCCGCUACAAGAUCAUCAAAAUGCUGCUCCUGCACGGGGCUGACAUGAUGGCUAAGAACCAGGCUGGCAAGACCCCAACGGACCUGGUGCAGCAGUGGCAGGUGGACACACGCCAGGCACUAGAGACCAAGGAGCAGCCACAGGAUGGGAUGGAGGUUCCUGCCUGACAGCGCCAGGCAGGGACCAGGGACCGGGCUGGGCUCCAAGGAGCAGGAUCCAGCCGAGACUUGUCCGUGUCAAUAAAAGCCAGCAAAGAGCA